GUAAGGGUGCCAAUUUGACAUUCCUCAGCUUUAGCUAAAGAGUGGAUAAUGAAUAAAUUCAUUGUAUCCAUAUUUCUAAUUCUUGGCGUGUUUGCCUUAUCCAUGGGCGCACCCACUUUCACUAAUAGGCAGGGUGACGAGUUACCUGACAAGGGAUCGGGUUCCCUAAUCGAAAUGGAAAUCAACAACUCAGUUCUUAAAUUCCUUCCUGAUCAAAACAAAAAAAUUCCAUCUAGGGAAAAACGAGCUCCACUUCAUCAAACAAAACACUACUGGGCCAGGGAACGGAGUGAUAACACAAGUGAUGGCGGCGAGAAAGUAUUUAAUCGCCGCAGUGGACUAAAUCUCAAGUAUCGCCUUCAUCCUUGAGAGCAACAUUUGCAAAAAAAAAA